AAAAAUCCUCGACCCCGUCGCGAACCAUAGUCGUCUCUCUCUCUCUAAGAGAGACGCGCAAAGACGCGUCUGUCGAUUGGCGCCGCGGUGCCGUCAACUCGUCGCAAUUUCGACGAUUGCACAUCUUCGAAGUGAUCUUUUUUCGGGGUAGUGGAACCGCGAUCAGAAACAUAUCAUCCCGAAACGCUCUCGCAAGAAGUGGGUCGCGCCAGAUCUCGCCCACGCGAGAUCCCCACUUAUCGUGAUCGGUCCAGGAGCUCAUCAGUGGCGCAUCACGCACGUCCUCGGCAGGAUCGUCGUCGAGGCGAGUCCGCCAGUUUACACAAGGGACGUUACCACCCGGACGACAGUAUCGCGAGAACCCUCAAAGGUGAAGCAGGAGCGAGAUCAUUCCUUCUUUUUCAGCGAGAGAAGACGCUGAGCAAGAAUGCCCGGCGCCGGUGGCCAGCCACCGCAAAGGACCACCUUCCGACCACCAUGGGUCAAAGAUGGUCCGACUCCGUUGCCUAUGCCCGCCGCACCCUGGACUCUCAAUUCCCGUAGAGAUUCUAAACCGAAGACCGAGGAAGUCCCGGCAUUCACCCAAGUCACCUUAAAGAGUGUGCCGAAACCUGCGGAACCGGCGGCGGCUUCAACAGAUGCACAACCGCGUAAACAAAGUAAAAUCACAAUAAUACCAAAACAGCCAAAUAAUGAGAAGAUUCCGACUGGCAGACCUGUGCCGGCGAAGCUACGCGAGAAUGGACGACAGGAGCCAAAUUCGAGGCCACAGCUCGAGCGACAAAUUCGUAUCGAGAGAUCUCGAUCACGAGGUGACAGUAUACCACUUUCGAAGAGUGAGAGCACCACAGGUGCGCCGACUUUGUCGAAAAGUUCAUCGCGAGCGAACGUUCCGCCGCCACCACCUCCACGACCGCCGCCUCCACCUCCCAGCAGGACGAUUCUCAAAGAUCUGGAACCUCUGAACGAGGACCAAAUGCAGAAGCUGGAAAUAUUGAAAUCUAGACCGAGAAAACGGCCAGACUGGGCCUGCAUGAUGAAGGAGGUCGAGAGUGGGAAAACGCUCAGGCACGUCAAGUGCAAUGACCGGAGCGCGCCCUUGAUAGAAAGGGUGAACAAGGUCACGGCCGACCCUGCAGGUAAAGCCCACUUCGUGUUUGAGUCUGAAAAAUCGAAUAUGCACAAUCAGCUACUGAAACAGAUCCAGCAAGGCGUGAAGCUUAAAACCGUGAAAACCAACGAUCGCUCAAGGCCUGUAUUGGAAGGAUUGAGAAAAUUCCGGCGACAAUUAACGAUUGAGGAGCAAAUACAAAAGGCCGAGGAAGCGCCUGUGGACGUCGAUAUUCAAGAUGAAAUGGAUGACAUAGAUGCCGUUAGAGAUGAUUUACAAAGCACCAAGCAAAUGUUAGCGCUAGAGUUGAGGAAUAAAGAAGCCUUAGAGCGUGACAACAAACGAUUGCAGGCGAGAAUUUUGAAUCUUGAAGCAGAAGUGGAACGUGUAAAACUUCAAAAGAACGCUCAAGAAAGUAAGCAGCAAGACGAGAAACUGACGGAGUGCUUGAAGCAAGAAGUGCAACAAGCGAGAAAGGACGCCGAAAGGGCCGAGAAAGAAUACACUACCGCUGCCGAGGAAAGAGAUAAAGCUAAAAGUGAAUUGGAAGAAAUGAAAAAAAUGUAUGCCGCGCUAGAAAAGCGCAUGAAAGCCGAAGAAGAGCCUACGUCUGAUAAUGCUGUGCCGAUAGUAGAAGUGGUUUCGGAAGGUGUCUACCGGUACAAUAUUGCAGGUAUGGCACUGGCCGGUUGUCCAAGUGCGAAAGAUGUAGCGAAAAUUGCGACACAGAAGAGUAUAGACAAACAGGAUGUUUACGAGAGUGAAGAAGAAGAGGAAAGCACAGAGGAGGAGGAUGAAGAUGAAGAUCCUAAAGCCGGGGCUGAGAAACGUGCGCAAAGGGAAAUCAAGCUGCUUAUUUCAAAAAUAAAAAAUUUCAAGGAUAAGGCUGUAAACGCCAGAAAAGAGAGGUACGCGUUGAAGGAGCAAAUUAAACAGCAGCAGAAAUUAUUAAAGGAAGAGAAUAAAACAUACAAGCGGCUGCAGAAACAAGUGGAUAAGAUGGCAAAGCUGAUGGCAGAAACCGAUGAGGAAGAGGAAGAAGAAGAGGAGGAGGAAGAAGAGAAGGAAGAGACAGAAUCUGAAGAAGAGUCCGAAUCUGAGGAAUCGGAGGAAGAUGAAUCCGAAGCUGACGACGAAGAGGAGUCUACAGAGAAGCGUAAAAACAAUUUACAAAAAUGUGUGAAGAAACACGAAGGACGACUGGCAACCUUGAAGAAAGGCAAUUAUCUGCUUAAGGCGCAGGUAGACAGAAUUAAGGACGAUCUGGUGAAGCAUCGGGAGAAGAGUAUCGCCCUGCAGGAGGAUCUUGAUUCCGUCUUAGCGGAACUAGGUUAGAUUAGUGUAAGCGGGAAAUAUUUCCAAAUGCAAAAGAUUGUAUACGUACCACGUAUUGAAAUAUAGACAAUUGUAUAUUACGAGAAAAAUAAUUACAUGCACAUACACACAUUUAUACACUCACUCGAAAGACUUUCACAGAGAACAGUGAUGCACUUGUCUGGAAUGGAUGUCUGGAAAUAUAUUAUCUUUUUUUGUCGCAAUAUUCUAUAUUACACUGUGUCCUAUUGCACGAAGCAUUUAUAGCAGAGACAAUUAACUGCGUGACAUUUGAUAGCCCCUAUUAUUUGAGCCGCUUAGAAACCAAACUGGAUUAACUCCACAUUUUGCAAGUUUUCAAAUUUUAGUAUACGCUUGGUGUUCAACUUUUCAUAAAUAAAAUAAAUUCAUGAAGUUUUGUUUCAUAGAAUUAAUAGUUUAGCUUUUAAGCGGCUUAUUUAACGCUAAAUACGACUCUUUUAACUCAUAAUAAUUUCAUUUCUAACAUUUUUUUAAUAAAUCAUGAUAAUUACAAUUAUUUUGCACGAUAUUUACAUUAUAUUAGUGCAAUCACAUUACAUAAAUCGUAACUCCAAUAUCACAUUUAGCGUUAAAUGUAAAAUAUUAACGCGCACUGGCUAAAUAUUUAUUAUCUACCGAAGACUGAUAAUCUGAAAGUUUGCGCAGAGUUUCGUGAAAUAGGAUCAACGUAUUAACAAGAUUCGAAUUUUUUAACUGGCAAACAAUAUUUUUAACAGAUAUAACAGAAAGAGAACGCUUAUAUCUACACACGCACUUACACAACAUCACGUGAGCAACUUCCGGCUUUUGACUUGUCAUGAAAUAUCGGACGUUUGCUAUACCAUGAAAUAUUAAUUAGAUAUUGCAAAAUAAUUUAUUUCCCACUCAAUAUCUAAGAUAAAGACUCCGUUUUUAUAUGAUAUAUUUUCGACGAAUAAUUCUUUAUCGGUGAUAAUGAACAAAAACUGUCACAAAGGAGCAAAUAAGGCUCGAUAUCUUAUUAUUAAGAUAAAAGUUCUAUAUUUUACGACGGAGAAACUAUGAUUCAUCUUUUGCUAUCAAGAUGUAAGAUAUUUUUUAAUAAAUUACUAUUAAUAGAACAGAA